AUGUUUACGGCGACACUAGGGCCCAAGCUGGCCGAACUCGUUUCUCUGUCGCAGACAGCAGCAGCAGAACCAGGACCUCUCCGGGAACAGCUGUCGUCGGUGUUCGGGUCGAUCUCGUUUGCGUGCUGGAUGAUCCUCAUGGUGCCGCAGCUCGUGGAGCAGUGGCGGCUCAAGACGGUGGACGGGAUCUCGCCGCUGUUUCUCCUCAUCUGGUCGUCCGGCGACGUGUUCAACCUCGUUGGCUCGGUGUGGGCAGGCUUGUUGCCCGAGGUGACGCUCAUCGCAUGCUGGUUUCUGCUCGCCGACUUCAUCACGCUGGCGUUCUACCUCUACAUCGCCGUUGUGUACGACAGGAGACGCAAGGCGAGGGCCGAGAGAAGACAGCGCUCCGCCAGCACGAACGUCGUCUACGGCGCCACCGACAGCAGCCAGCCGCAACCCCCCCACCCCCACCACCACCACCACCACCACCACGAACACACUGACAGAAGAAAGUCGCAGUCUUCCACCCUCCACGACAUAGUGUACGAGCCAGAAAACCACUCCAUCUUUGUCAAAUAUACCCUACCAAUCCUAUUGGUCAUCUGCGCAGGCACUUUCGGAUCCAUACUCUCGCCGAACAAGGUUGCGUCCGCCUCCUCGGCGUCGUCCCUGCCUCCUGCAGCCGCCGACAGCAUGCUCGGUCCUCAAAUCUUUGGCUACCUCUCUGCAGCACUGUACCUCACGGCAAGACUGCCGCAAAUAUACCACAAUUACCAGAAGAAGUCGACCAAGGGCCUCUCUUUGCUUUUCUUCCUCUUCACCAUGCUUGGGAACAUUACCUACAGCUUGCAGAUUGUUGCAUACAGAUCCGAUUCCGAGUAUCUAAUGCUCAAUCUCAGCUGGCUUCUGGGCUCGUUUGGGACAAUCGCUGAAGAUGUCAUCAUCGUGACACAAUUCUACCUUUACAGACACAGCAGCACCAAAUGA